UUUCAAUCUCGGUGAAUGUUGCUCGGUUCGUUGGUGACUGACUGCGCCUCAUUCAGCAGUAUCAUCCCCGCCAUCGCCCACCAACCAAACUGCGCCCCUCGCCGAGAUUCCCUCAUCUGCGUCUUCGAUUUGCCGCCUAUAUCAACAUCACAUUCAUAUUCCUCCUCAUCUUCUAUCUUCGUCCUUUUGCCCUGUUCCCCAGUUCUGCCUCUUCUGCACGCGAAUCCUUCUUCACAAAUGUCGGAUUUUGCGCCGCCUUCUGGGCCACCUCCACCGAGGGUCCCGGAAGGCUGGAAGGCUGUCUUCAAUGAUCAAUACAAAGAAUGGUUCUACGUCAACCUCCACACCAAACAAUCGACAUGGGAGAAGCCGACUGCGCCGGCUGCUGGUGCAGACGACGAUGCCCCGCCUGGAGCGCCUCCUCCGUCCUACUCCUCCGGUCGGGAUGCCCCUCAAGUGUCCGACGCAAAGCGCCCGUUAGAGUCGAACAAUCCAUACAACACGAGCAGUCCAGCCGGAGGCUCCCACGAAACAGAUGAAGAGAUGGCUCGACGCCUGCAGCGAGAAGAGAACACCCGCGGCGCGGCCGAGUCAUACUAUAACUCCGGUAACAGCAGUACUCCCAAUCCUCCCGGCCUUCAAGGCGGCUACCCCGGUGCUCCCACGUCGCCCUCGAACCAGCUGCCUCCGCGACCGGACAGCGCUGGCCGAUCCAAGGGUUUCUUUGGGAAGUUGCUUGGAAAGUCGGGCGGCAGCUCCUCGCCGUAUCCACAGCAAGCACGUCCCGGCGCCGGCUACCCUUCCCAGCCAGCAGGCUACAAUCAAGGCUACCCCCCGGGCCCCCCGGGUCCUGGAUACGGCGGCGGCUAUGGGCCACCGCAGGGAGGCUAUCCCGGAUACGGACCGCCUGGCCCCGGCUACGGCCCUGGUCCGGGAUAUGGAGGCUAUGGUGGUGGCUAUGGUGGUGGCUAUGGUGGCUACGCACAACAAGCUCCACCCAAAAAAUCCGGUCUCGGUGCAGGAGGCGCAGCGGCACUGGGUCUCGGCGGUGGUCUCCUCGGUGGUGCACUGCUAGCUGAUGCCUUUAACGAUGGGGAGCAAGAUGCGUAUCAGCAAGGUUAUGACGAUGGAGCAGACAACGGGGGCGGCGACGGCGGCGACGGUGGCGAUGGAGGUGGGGAUUUCUAAGGAGAGAUUAGAGGCGCGGGCUUGUGCAACAGCAAGAGUGAGUGGCUGAAGUUGUUUCCGAGUAUCACGAUCAUGAACGACGACUUGUCCCUAGAGGCCAGUGCGGCAGGGCUGGGGGGAUCCCAUAGGUGAAAGAAUGAAUCUUACUUCCAAGACAGGCGACGCAUGGAAGCUGCUCAAAUCUGAAGAAACCCGCAUUUGAACCCUGUUGACUAGAGCGAUUUCCGGAUGAAGCGAGGCGCUGAGCCAUAGCUAGGACGGGUAGCUUAGACCAUCGAAAAUGACCACUAUGAAGACGACCAGUCCGUGUACUCGGGGUUUCAGAAGCUAGCCAGGGUAUUCAAUACCUUUGCAGCGCGAGACGAAUGAAGUUGGGAGAAUAAAGCCCGAUCGGGAUGGGUAGAACAGCCUUG